CGUUCCGUUCGUUUUCUUCCUGCCCUCGCCUCUCGGCGCUCUCGCUACACGACGAUAUGCACAGCAUAACUUUAACUUUGUGCGCAUUAAAUUUCUCCUCUGCCAUUGUUGUUUCUCACUCUUCACUGCUACUUACCUCGCUCGCUUGCUUGCUUUAAGUACUCCACCUUCCUCCCCACUACCUCACCAUUCCUCAUUCAAUUCUCCCUGCUUCUCAUGGCAAUGGCUGCAGUGCUACUCGCUCUGGUGAUCGCGUGCUCCGUUCUCCUCGCCGACGCUCGCAUCCCAGGCGUAUACUCCGGCGGCCCCUGGCAGACCGCCCACGCGACCUUCUACGGAGGUAGCGAUGCCUCCGGGACCAUGGGAGGGGCGUGUGGGUACGGGAACUUGUACAGCGAGGGGUACGGGGUGGAGACGACGGCGCUGAGCACGGCGCUGUUCAACUCCGGGCAGAGCUGCGGGGCGUGCUUUGAGAUCCGGUGCGCGGACGACCCGCGGUCGUGCAAGGGCGGCAGCAUCGUCAUCACGGCCACCAACUUCUGCCCGCCCAAUUACGCCCUGCCCUCCGACAAUGGUGGCUGGUGCAACCCGCCUCGCCCUCACUUCGACCUCGCCAUGCCCAUGUUCCUCAAGAUCGCCGAGUACCGCGCCGGUAUUGUUCCCGUCUCCUACCGCCGGGUACCGUGCCGGAAGACCAGUGGGAUCCGCUUCACCGUCAACGGUCAUAUGUACUUCAACCUGGUGCUGAUCACCAACGUGGCCGGCGCCGGCGACAUCGUCCGCGCCAGCGUGAAAGGGUCCCGCACCGGAUGGAUGCCCAUGUCACGCAACUGGGGCCAGAACUGGCAGUCCAACGCCGACUUGGUCGGCCAGGCUCUCUCAUUCCGCGUCACCAGCAGCGACCGACGCACCUCCACCUCCUGGAACAUCGCCUCAGCCAACUGGCAGUUCGGCCAGACUUUCACCGGCAAGAACUUUAGAGUCUAGUCUAGUCUAGUCUUUCUGCGCCAAUUCGCCGAACACCUUGAUUACAUCCGUCUUGGUGCUGCUACAACUUUGCCUCUCCACAUAUGGUGUCUUAAUUUUACUCGCCCGGCGCCAAUUCCUCUGUCUAAGAAGAAGACAAGAGCUAAGAAUAUGCUAUAUUUUAGUUGGGCCCCAAAAAUAAGGUCUGUAACUACUCCCGGUGGUGGUGGUAGUUACGGCAAAGCCGCAACAUGCAGCUGAAGUGGCUGCAGAUCAAAAUGGUUCAUGUAGCCCGCAGCUGCUAGCUUAAUAUAUAUAUCAUUGUCUUACUGUCA